AUGGCUGAAAUCGCAGGUCUUGUUCUGGGUGGUAUACCAAUCGCAAUUUGGGCUCUUGAGAAAUAUGUGGAGCCUUUCGAGGCUUUUCACAAUUACCGCACUUCAAUAGAGACCUUUCGGACCGACCUGAUCUUGCAACACCGGCAAUUGCAGAUCACUCUCUGCAAUAUUGGACUGGACGAUGAGCCAUCAAGUGAAGAGCUACGCGAAUGCUUUGAAACCAAGUUCCCGGGUAUCUCUCGCGAACUGACGUCCAUCGUUCAACGCAUGGACCAGGUUACCGCGGUGCUCUUGAGGGGCCUAGAUAUCGAUGUCAACGGAAAGUCGAAUACUUUGCCAGACAGGGCCCAAUGGGAAUGGCGUCGAGUGAAACACAGCUUCAGCACAAAAAAGCGAAAUAAAGUCAUCGAGGACCUCAGACAUUGGAACGACGAUCUGAGAAGAUCUCUUGAGAAACCUGAAUUGCCUGCGGAAGACGACAGUGGCAAAGUUCAAGAUCUCAAGCGCCGCUUCAAUAUUCAACGUUGCAAUUCAGUUCGUCAAUGCUUAAGCUCUCUUCACCGAGCACUCGAGUCGGGAUUCCGUUGUGCCUGCUCACCACCUCACCAAGUUGCCAUCGAUCUCGACUGGACGAAGUAUGAAGCUCAUACAGCCAAGCCGUUCAAUGUGGCCGUCUCUUACGGAACAACCCCACAGCCCCAGCUGCCUCAGUCAUGGCGAAAGCUUGAUGUUACUUCAUAUGACUCCAGCAAAAUGGCCAGCUCGGCUCCUAAGCCACUGGCACCAUCGCCUCCUCCUGUUAUAACGCCUCCUCCAUCUUCAUCUCUCCGAUCUAGGAUGGUACAAUUCAUGUUCCGUCCACUGUCCCGGACACCCUCACCACCGCCAACUCCGUCGGAUUUAUCCACGAUAUCAACUACCGUGUCAACGCCAGCAGGCACAGAAAUCACCAACCUUUGUGAUGCAGUAUGCAUGGAAUGUGAUCUAGCAGGCUUGCUCAAAGACCCAGACCCAGACCAAGGUCGACAAUUCUGUCUCGACCACCGUAAAACAGAUUUCUCAAAAAUCAUCAGAGCAGUUCCUCUGAAGUCUUUACUUUCAUCUCACGCACAGUCAACCCAGCAACAAAGUCUUUGCACCUCCCUGUCUGCAAAACAGAGGUUUGGCAUCGCCGCCUCCACCGCCUGGUCAGUCCUACACCUGAGUGGCAGCCCCUGGCUUGGCGACUACUGGGACGAAAGACAAACAAAAAUCUUCAUCCAAAAGAGCCAAAGCGGCCGAGAGGUACUCUCCCGACACCCGUGUGCCUUUUGUAUAUUCUCAUCGCCAUCAACCCCGGAGGAGCCGCCCGUGAACGACUUCAAACAUCUUAUACCUAACCGAACUGUCUUUUCUCUCGGCAUUCUCCUCAUCGAGCUCUGCAUCGGCAGGUCCUUUGCGGAGAUCCGUCAGGUCGGCGGAAGUACCAAGUUAUACCCGCUGUUUGAUGACUUUCAGACUGCUCUGGGCAAGCUGGAUGAGGUGUACAGGCUUGCGGGCGACUCUUAUGGAGAUGCGGCGGCCCGGUGUGUGAGGCACGGAUUCCAGGGCAGAGAUCAGUACAAGGAUUUCCAGUUCUCCCAGUUCCGGCAGCAAUUUUAUGACGCGGUAGUUGCGCCGGUGCAGGCGACUUAUCUUAUGUUUCCUGAUUCGCGCAUUCCUGUAUAA